AUGCAGUACGCGCCCUUUGCCUCCGAUAUCGAGCUCCCAUUUUACACGGCCCUCGCUUCCCACAAGAUCAACCAUGACAAGCUAGACGACUCGGCCCGCGCCCUGCGGGGUCUCUAUGAGAUUCGCUCCGCGGACCCCGCCAAUGCUUCAUGUCGCAUGCAAAUCCACGGAAAUGCUCUGACCAGCGACGACGUUCCCGCGGGCUGCUACCGGGCCGAAGGCAUGAUCCGAAAUGUCAACACCGUCGAGGAGUAUCGGAACAUGGACAAAUCGCAGAUGCUACAUCAGGCCGGUCAAACGAUUUGGGAUGCCAUCCAAGAUGCGACGAUUUACUCUUGCCCCUCCCUGCUAUCGUCAUUUGUGAUCCUGUCAUUCGCCGAUCUCAAAAGCUACAAAUUUCACUACUGGUUUGCCUUUCCAGCAAUUCAUUCAGAUCCCCCAUGGGUCCCCAUCGAAUCCACAUCCUCUCAGGCGGGCCAGUCGCGCCAAGGCACGGCAACAAACCUCACCACUGGAAAGUACCUAUCUUCACAGGAGAGUGCAUCCCUAGUAGAUGCCGUUCAGACCUGGUGCUAUGGAGUCGAUGCCCGGCAGCGGGGUUUUUUCCUAGCGCGAAGGCGGAAGAGCUCGGGCUCAGGAACCAGGGCGACACAAGGAGACGCCGCUCCAGCAGAUUGCACCUGGGCGAUAGCAGCACUGUCGGAGUACGAAAAUCAUUUCUUUACUGGCGCUAAAUUCGAGGACUGCUAUGUGUGUUUUGCGGACCCAUCGAACUAUGAGAAUGCCCCCGGGUGGAUGCUGCGGAACCUGCUGGUUGUCGUCCAACAUCGGUGGAAGUUGGAAAAAGUGCAAAUCUUACGGUAUCGCGAUGUGCAGUCAAAGCGGGACCAGGGCCGCAGCAUCGUCCUACAACUCGAAUCGCGGUCGGAGCCAGGGACCGAGAAUGCAAAGCCCACGCAGAGCACGGUGCCGUUGCCCAAGGUGACGGGCUGGGAGCGCAAUCCCGCUGGCAAAUUGUCCGGGAGAAUCGUUAAUCUGACGGAAUACAUGGAUCCAAAAAGGCUGGCUGAUCAAUCGGUCGAUCUAAACCUGAAGCUCAUGAAAUGGCGAAUCAGCCCGACGCUGGAUCUAGACAAGAUCAAGCAUACCAAAUGCCUCUUACUAGGGGCUGGCACCCUCGGUAGCUACGUCGCUCGGAAUCUGAUGGGCUGGGGUGUAAGAAAAAUCACAUUUGUGGACAAAGGAACCGUGUCAUUUUCCAAUCCCGUCCGGCAACCACUCUUCAAUUUUGACGACUGCUUGAACGGUGGCGCGCAGAAGGCGCAUCGAGCAUCCCAGGCCCUGACAGAGAUCUACCCCGGUGUAGAUACCGCAGGACAUGUCCUGUCUGUGCCCAUGGCUGGCCAUCCGAUAGUAGAUGAAGGCGAGACGCGCGCCAGUUUCGACACGCUCAAAAGCCUGGUCGAUGAGCACGAUGCCAUCUUCCUGCUCAUGGAUACCCGAGAGUCACGCUGGUUGCCCACUGUGAUGGGCAAAGCAGCCGGGAAGAUCGUGAUGAAUGCGGCAUUGGGAUUUGAUUCAUUUGUCGUGAUGCGGCAUGGCGUCGGCGGAAGUGAGGGUGAGAUCGCUGACCUCGGUUGCUAUUUUUGCAACGACGUCGUGGCUCCAGUCAAUUCGAUUAAGGACCAGACGCUUGAUCAGCAGUGUACCGUUACCCGUCCUGGCGUUGCUGCCAUAGCAUCUGCGUUGCUGGUCGAAUUGCUCGUGUCUGUCCUGCAGCAUCCCAAAGGGCCUGCGGCACCGGCCAGCUCAACCUCGAAAGACGAAGGCGAGAGUCACCCCCUUGGACUUGUGCCUCAUCAAAUCCGAGGAUUCCUCUCCACAUUUGAGAACAUGUCGGUCACUGGCAAGAGUUACAGCAGCUGCAGCGCCUGCUCCGACAAGAUCAUCAAUGCAUAUAAGGAGCACGGCUGGGAUUUCGUGACAAAGGCCCUCAACGAACCCGGCUAUGUGGAGGAAUUAAGCGGGCUUAAGGAGGUUCAUGAGAAAGCGGAAGCCGCGCUAGCCGACGUGGAGUGGGACGAAGAGUCUGAAAAUGAGGGUGUUGAAGUUCUGUAG